GCUUCUUGAUUGAAGCGUGACCGCGUGCGCCGUGUCCGUUCUUGUCCGGGUUGAAGCAUGAGUCGCAAUUUUUUUGAGCUUUUUGGAAAUUGAGUGGACUGAAAGGGAUCGUGUUUAUUAUCAUUUCCGGUCAUUACGGAACCUUAUUGGUGAAGCACCGUGCAUCCUAUAUUUUGGGCCAAACUGAACAAAAGUGUGAUUUCAGUCACUAACAGUAAAGAGUAAAAUAUUUACAAUAAAUUAAAGUACAAUAUUACCCAGAGAUAAGUCAAACAAACACAAACAGAUAAAUGUGCUGUCGCAGGUGGUGGGCGUGGCACAGCACAGGUGAGCGAAGAAGGGAAUCCGGAAGCGAGGAUCAGAGGGAAGAUGCCAGAGAGGGGAAGACACCACCAGAGGAGCGAUGCAGAGUACAAGAGAAGGGACAAACACUAUUCACACAAUGGAGAAGACUCUCCGUACGACGGCCGAGACCGCGACCAAAGGCCAAGAUACGUGGACGACAGGGGCUCUGCUGGUGACAGGAGGGCAAAGGAAAACAGACAGAGGGACAUGACAACUGCCUCUCACAGGGAGCCACCUGUUUACAGAGACCAUGACAGUGAAGGACCCUCAAGACUAUCCAGAGAGACUUCAGUGUAUCACUCUGAAAGGGAGUAUUAUGAGCAACCGCAGAAACCAGCUCUUUACACUUUCAGAUACAUCUUAACCAGUAGAGGUCUCUGCCAGCUUAUGGAGCUUUUUGUGAAUCUUCUUCUUGUAAUCUGUGCCGGAGUGCCGUACAGCAACAACGGGGGUUACCGUGACCUGGCCAGCCUUGGGGGGAUCUACUAUUAUCACUUCGGUGGAGCCAACGCCUUCACCGGAGCCGAUGCAGACAGGGUGAAGGAGCUCGACCGGCUUUUCCAUCAGCUCAAGCGGCCUCCGUACAUCUUCACCAUGGCUUGCUGUGGGGUUCUGAUGAUCUACGCCUGUGCCAUGCUCGCUCUGGGGAUUUUCAGGGUCCCUUACCGCUGUCCUCCUGUGCUGCUGGGGGAGGCUCUGGUGAAUUUCCUCAUCGGCCUGGGCUACAUUCCUGCACUGGCUUUCUACUUCAUCAAACUGCAGGAAACGUACAACAAUCCCAUCUGUAAGGAGAGAGAGGAGAUGUAUAAGAGCAAAGGGCACAAGGGCUUUGAGUGCCAGUAUCACGGUGCAGACAUCGCAGGAGGACUCUUUGGGGUGUUGGGAGUGUUUGUUUUUAUCUUUGGAGCAGUGUUAGCAGUCAGAGCCUUCAGGUUAGUGCGAGAGCGAAAGAAGCAAACAAAUGAGGACAACAAUUUUUAAGCUGCCUUUUCUACAACAUGUUUGAACAAAAGUGCCACUAGUGAAUAGAAGUCGCUGUGACGUUUUCAAUGUCACCUGUGUAUCAACCUUUUAUCCACUUUUUAUGUUGUGACUGUUUCUAACAUUUUUUUUAUUCCUACCACUUUCCCUUUUACAUACUUGUGUACUGUGUCUGUUACAUUUUCUACUAAUUUGUAGUUACAAUAAACUCCUCAAAUGGUACAUCAUA